AGCUGUCCAGCGCCGUGGUUCUGAAAACGUCGUGGCUGCCGCAGCGUUUGAGGCAACGCGCGGUUCGCGAGAAAACGAGGGGAAAUGAGGCUUAAAUGCGCAGGGAUCACGUUGCAUUAGUUCCCUCCGGUAGUUUGUGUUCUCUCGGUCCUUUUCGUGAAGGCAGGACGGGGUUUUACUUCUGAGAUUUUUGCCAAGACCGCCUGCUGUAUGCUCGCUAGUUGCAGCAGCGGAUAAGCAGGGGGGAGAGCAGAAGAAGGAAGGAGGGAGGGGGAAAAGAGACACCAAGUGAGGAGCAGAGACGUGGCUCUCAGCAGGAUGUCCUGGUCACUGGACCUUCUCCCUCUGUCCCCCUGUGUGGAGCUGGGUGGGCCUCCCCUAAGUGGUCUGCUGUGGACCCUGCUGCUGCUCUUCCUCUGGUACUGCUAUCGCGUGGGCUCCGACCCACCAUCCUGCCGGAGCCACGUAGGAGCGCUGAAGUCCAGCUCCACCCUCUCCGCCCUGUCCCGCUCCACCACAGACAUGGGACGCUCAGCCCCCAAAGCUGCCCCAGCCAUUGCCAUGGAGACAGGCGAGGAGGAGGGAGGAGAGAGCUACCUCACCCCAGUGUUAAGCCACGCCCCUUUCCCCAUCCAGGCAGCAGCAGGAAGCAGGAAACUGUAUUCGGCACUGCAGGAGUACGCCAAGCGCUACAGCUGGGCCGGCAUGGGCCGCAUUCACAAAGGCCUACGCAACCAGGCCAGGAUGAAUGAUCGCGCCUCCAUCCAGAAGCCGCACCUCUUUUACCUGCCCGAUGUUCCCAGUAUCCCCUUCUUCCCUCGGGAUGCUCAUCGCCAUGACAUAGAUGUUCUGGAGGCCAGCUAUUCCAUAAUCCUCGCUGAAUUCCAGGCAGUCUACCAGAGAGGCAUUGACACAAAGUUGGGGUGGACUUACCAUGGACCAAAGGGUCAGGCUGUGUUUCCACUGUAUAACGCAGGAGUGUGUGUGGCGAGUAACUGUCGUGCGUGUCCGUGUACAUACCGCACCCUCCUCUCCCUCAGAACCUUCAUCAGCAGUAACUCUCUGGGGGCUGCAGGUUUCUGGGUGCUAGGCCCCGGGGCCUCGCUAGGAGGAGUUUAUGGCCCCACCAACACACGUCUGCGCUGCCAUUUGGGCCUACAGACUCCUGCCCAGUGUGAGCUGGUGGUGGGUGGUGAGCCGCAGUGCUGGUCUGAAGGACACUGCCUCCUAGUGGAUGACUCCUUCUUGCACACCAUCUCUCAUAACGGUGGCGCUGAAGAUGGUCCAAGAGUGAUUUUCAGUGUGGAUCUAUGGCACCCGAAUGUGGCUGCAGCAGAGAGACAGGCUCUGGACUACAUCUUUGCUCCUGAGCAGUAAUAAGCUACAUAUCCCACCAGUUUCACCAAAACAAGAAGAGAAAGUUUACCAGAUUAUUUACACAGAAUUCAACUAAACUGGUGGGGUUUCUCCCCACAAGUCUACCAAACACAGAGACGAGAUGGAGUUACUCAUUCACUUAUGUGGCCAUACCUUUGUUGUAGGUUCUUGCUUUGUAUUCUACUGCCCAGAUAUUCUCUUCAACUCUGAGUCUUCCACAAGCACAGUUUUCUAUCUCACCAGGCUCUCACUGGAGCACUAGAGCUGACAUGCACCCACAAAUACUGUGAACAAGCAGAUGUUUUGAAUAUCUUCAUAUCUAUUUUUGAUUUGUGCCUGUCUCGAUGACUCCGAUCUCCUGUUCUAUCAUUUCGUGCCUGAUUUCUUCACCUGAUUGUGACCUCUUAUUCUGAUAUAUACUGUGACUCGAGCUAUUCCGUCAAUACUGUAUGUAGAUUAGACUUGUGUCUGUUGCUGAAGACCUUGUUUUAUGAUAUUGAGUUUUGUUUUCAAGAGCUUUAUUUUCAGACACAUUGUUUAAAGCACACAGCAAAAAAGAGAAGCCUAUGUGUUUGAUCAGACUGCAUGCAUGUGUUGUGAAGCCCAGCCGUACAGCCAAUGCAAUGCAUCUGAACCAUCUCCCUCGCAAUGCAAAUGUAUAACCCAUUCAAGGUGUAUUCCCUAAAUAAAGACUUUUGUUAAA